CGGAUUGUAUGUAUUUAGUCGGGACUCGAACCAAAAAGUAAAAUUUGUCGAUAAAAUCGGAUAUGUUUAGUCCAGACUCGCUCCUAGGGGCAACGCUGUCGGUAAGGGGCAAAGUGUGUGGUAAAUUCACCCUGUAUGGGAAUCUAGAGAUCUUUGGUCACAUUUUUAUGCUGUUGGCAGCAGUAAUUUAACGGACUGCCGGCUGUUUGAAAGUUCAUUCUGUUCAGCUAGCGGACGACCGGACGUAUGCACGAGCGCGAUUGUGAUCCGCUACUCCGCAAUAACGUCGCUCUUAUUUAACAGAAGUGAACAGAAGUCGACAGAACGUUUCACCGGGGUGUCGCACAGCGUGCACGACUGGUCAAAUAAACGUGUGCGCAAUUUAAACGACAAUUUCACUGACCUCUCCCUUUCUCACCGGAAUCACGUGUUCGGCGACUGUGUUUACAUCUUUACUUUCUGCGAGUUUUUUUGACCCCGGAGACUGUAGCGGUGGAUAAUUUCGGGAUCUCCAAAGUGACGUUCGCGACGAAGUUGCGAGGCAUCGCUUCACAGUGAAAUGAGAAGUUAAAAGGACUGUGAAAAUGACGUUUAACUGGUACGCGGGGGACUUGGGGUGCAAUUCGCAAAACUUCCAUUUGCGGCUGUCCGCGGGCUCCAGCAUCGAGAACUCCUCGCCGCAGCGUUCGGUCGGGAACAGGAAGACGGAGGAUGAUGUUAUCGUCAUCAGCGACUCCAGUUGCGACUCCAGUCACGACUCACCCCCCGCGCGCGCUGAAAAACCGAAAUGGAAGUCCAGUUCGACUUCCAGCGUCAGAAGUAAGGACCGUCCAAGGCUGCGCUUCGCGAUCUCUUCGGAGAGCGAGGGGGAGAGGGAGUCCGACUCGUGCAGGCUUGACAGAGCUGACGACGAAUCAAGGGGGAAGUAUACGAAUAGAACUCCCGCGCGCGUUAACGGGAUACCUGAGGCAUCGUUGAUCUCCACCGAUGCCUCGUCAGUCUCCGAGAGACUAUUUGACAGCCUACUCGCUUCUAGCGGCGCCUUGAUCAACGACAAAACUGCCAGCAGGGGUAACUGUGACGGAGUAAAGAAUCAAGUAAAUAAAUCUAAAAGACACGUUCAUGACGGAAGUCCUAUGUUAAUUGCAGAGCGAGAGGCAGAUUCGAAGCUAAGAGAAGAGUACAGUGCCGAGAGGAUAAAUAGCGCGACCAAGCCGAGCUGCGACGGUCCCAAUAUUGUCAGCAGGCGUCCGACAUGCAACGCUCCGAAGCAAGACGGCACGGCGAAGACCAGACUCACGAAGAGGGACGUUCACAAAAUUCUGAGGAAUAUCAAAUGCACGCAGGCCGUGUACGAUUCCCCCGGAGAGAGAAGGGACUUAAACGUGAUAAUUGACGAGAGCAUCGAUGUAGACGAGGACAUGAUACAUCCAGCUAUUUCACCUACUUACGCCAGAAAAGUGCAGCGUCCCGGUGACAGUCCCGAUGUUGUCGAUACCAGUCUUAAGAGCGACGUUUUGCAACAAGCGGGUCCGUUCGAGUUGCCCGAGCCGCAGCACGACGGGUCGAGGAUGGCGAAUUCUUACAGACCUCUGUCCGAGAGGAGAAAGAAACAGAUCAGCGAGUGGCUCCUGACCAACGCCUCCGAGUCUCAAAGCGACAGUUCCUUCAACACUGUACCGCCGAGCGUUAGAAAGAGCAACUCUGGGAACAGCAGUCUGGAGAGACUGGAGCUGAGCUACGAGACUCCGAACAACCGGGGAAGAAUCAACAGGGCCCAGGCUGACGAGAGGACAGUUGUAAAUUCUGACAGAGCGGCCCGUACACCCUCGACGCGUCAAAAUGCGAUAGGCCGGUACUUUAAAGAAUCCAGGAACGAUUCUGAGCUCGGCGCACGUCCGAAUGGGGUAGACCGGUAUUUUAAAGAGUCCAAGACUGAUUCUGAAUUCAGCACACGUCAGAAUGGGAUAGACCGGUAUUUCAAAGAAACCAAGAAUGAUUCUGAAUUCCGCACGCCAGAUAAUAAACCGAAGCUCCCGCCAAAAGGGCAAACCGACAGAAAAGUUUACCCGGGCGCAAACACGUCUCAAACUAAUAGUGUAAUGGACUGCGCGAGUAUUUUGGAUAAACUGUAUGGUACGUCGUGGAGAGACAAAGCUGACGCGCUGCUUCCAACGAGUGAACCACGGAAGGCGCCUGUUCAACCGGUGAAUAGGAUCGUCCAGACGGAACGAAAACCUGUAGCAAAGGAUCAAUAUAGGACGGUAGAUUCGGACUCUGACGGGUGCGAUUUGGUCGGAAACGAUAUCAAGCCAGGUCAGAGAAGGAAUAUUCAACGAAAACAAAAAGUAAAUAGCUUUAUCAAUGACGAAUCGUUGUCUGAUAGUGGCAGUGAAAGUAUGUAUUACAGUGCGUUGACAAAUCCAACAACUUUUACGAGUAAAUCGACCAAAUCCGUGCCAGUGCCAGCGUCAAUUAAACGCCUUCAGGUACUUUGUGAUCCGGACACAGACGACGAAGACAAGGCUAGCGACGACCCUAAGAAGUUGCACGGGAGGAAAUUGUCAUUCAGCGACGAGGAAAGUUCCAGCACGAGCGAAUUCGACCCUGGAGAUUACGUAGGGCCAAAAUACGUACGUAAUCAAGAAGUUAAAGGACCAACGUCGUGCAAAGUAGCACCGAAAUUUGAACCAGCCGCGGCUAACAAGUCUGCGGGAUGCGAAACCUUCCUGGCAUCUUUGUCAAAUACGGUUCCGAUGACUCGGGCUCAUCCCGAUGCAAAGAAAUACAGAUUGGAUUACAAGAGCAGGAAGGAGGAAUUAUGCAAAAAAUUAUACGAAUUGUACAACGAGAGAGUAUUCGAAAAUAAGUUGCCUCGAGAUAUGUCCAUUGAAUGGAACGUCCGUAUGAGAGGGACUGCCGGAUAUUGUUACAACAAGAAGUCCACGAAACUCAUUAGUGGUAGCGUCGUUAAGUCUUCGAGGAUCGUACUAGCGACAAAGAUUUUAGAUACACCGGAUAGACUGAGGGAUACUUUGAUUCAUGAAAUGUGCCACGCUGCAUCGUGGAUAAUAGACAAUGUCUCGGACGGCCAUGGACUUUUUUGGACAAGAUGGGUUGACAAAGCAAUGAAGAAAUUUCCUGAAUUGCCACCAGUUCGUCGCUGUCAUAGUUAUGAAAUUAAAACUAAAUUCACGUACAGAUGCACAGGCUGCGGAUACAGUAUCGGAAGACAUUCGAAAUCCUUGGAUAUCGAGAGGAAACGAUGUGGCUAUUGCUACGGCAAGUUCGAAUUGUUCGUUAACAAGACAACGAAGUCUGGCACCGUGCAAGUGCAGACACCGAAGAGGGAACCCACCGGCUUCGCGUUGUACGUGAAGCAGAAUUACAACUCGGUGAAAAGGGAGAAAAGUAACAUGAAGCACGCCGAGGUGAUGAAGCUUCUAGGUCAGCAAUUUUCGACAAUUAAAAUAGCAAAGAAAACCGACGUGGCCAGCAAUUAAAAAUGACUCGGGGGACGCCUGGCUGAAUAUCAAAUAUAUACACAUAUAAUUUCGAAUAUUUUGUAAGCGAUGUAAAAAAAUCUCGCAUAAUUUUGCGUCUUAAUUUUAGAGUAGGUUUUAGAGCUGAUAAUUGUAUGUAUUUGAAUUUCAGUUAUUUUGCAUGUUUUGUUACAGAGAUCAUACAUGCAAUUACAGUGUACAAAUAUUAGGGAAUAUUGUAUUUUGGAGGACUAAUGUCUUUUUAAUAUUACAGGCGCUGCGAUGUGACGUAUAUGAAUAAAUCUUGUAUAUUUCACAUGUCGCAUCUACAUAUGCAUAUAAGACUUUUUCUACGUGAAAUAUUGAUAUGUAUGUUUUUACAUGCGAGAGAUUUUAUAUUCUACCCCGUACUUAGAACGUAAUCAAAUACUCCUUAUGAUAUUAAGUGGCUAAGAUUUAGAGCGAUUAUUUAAACAAUGACAGCGGCAAAGUGUUGCUUUGUUGAGCGAGGACUGAUUAUUUAAAUAAAAGCUUUGAUAUAAGAGAUCCUUACAAUUUUUCGCGUUUCUCACCGUCCAUCCCAAGCCUUUCGGAAUUCCCCCGCGACACAAUAUGCAUCGUUUCAUGGACAUUUCGGCAAAACUUUAGUGCAAAGUACGUGACAGUGUUUAGUUAAACUUAAUAAUUUCGUUAUUUUUCACUUUUCAACGGUAUACUUGGACUUUCCUCGUAUGUACGUCACCGUAUUUCAUUGAAUUACACAGGAAAAUUUCAAAUUUAUUUUGAAGUAGCGUUAGAAUAAUAAAAUAGAAACUACAUUUCGGUACCUAAUUUUUUCGACAACUUUCAUUUCACUUUUCGUCGAAUUCACGGCAAAUAUCUCCGUCAGGGUCGCGAGCCUGUCGAGAUCAGCUGCUCGAUGACGUUUCCU